UGAACUCCAGCCGGUUCUUGUCAGUGGGUCCUGGUGGCGGUUGCUCCGCUCGGCUCAGCUGCUCCUGGGAGCCAUAAUUGAAACCAUUUGUGGAUCAGGUGGAAUUCUGGGAUUUUGGCCUCAUGGCAGAAGCCCUGAACGUGUUAUUUUGUUUCUGUCCUCCAACCAGAUAGACUGUUACAUCAGCCAGUUUCCUCUCUCUCUCUCUCUCUCUCUCUCUCUCUCUCUCUCUCUCUCUCUCUCCUCGUGGCUGUUCCCUCUCCUUUUUUUUCCAUUCCCACCCGAGUCCUUCCGAGGAAGAGGUCAGCGCCUCGCAGAGCUGAAUGCAUCAACUCACAGCAAAUGUGGAAUAUCCCCUGCGACAGAUGGUGUCAUAAUAACGGGAGCAGACGCUGAAGUCUUAGAAGGUAAAUAAAGGCAGUUACUCCUGGUGGGAGAGAGCAGGAAUAACAGUACAGGACUGUGUUUGGACCUCAACAGAACUCGUGGGUGUUUGAGUCGAGCGAUGGAGGUCAAGGAGGUUAAACUGGUCGCACACCAUGUCUUCGUUGUCCUACUGGCUGCCAGCGUACGAACACAAGUCAACCCAGAAAUGUGCCGUUAUCCUCUGGGCAUGACCGGCGGACAGAUCCAAGAUGAGGACAUCUCUGCCUCCAGUCAGUAUUCUGAGUCAACGGCUGCGAGAUUUGGAAGGCUCGACUUUGACAACGGCGACGGCGACGGGGCCUGGUGUCCCGGCGUGACGUCAGAGGCGGACGGGCUCAAGGACUUCCUGCAGGUGGACCUGCGCUCGCUGCACUUCAUCACGCUGGUGGGCACCCAGGGUCGCCAUGCCGACGGGAUGGGCAACGAGUUCGCCCAGCGCUACCGGAUCCAGUACAGCCGCGGCGGCAGCGACUGGGUGGACUGGCGCGACAGGAAGGGGCGGCAGGUCAUUGAAGGCAACAGGAACGCGUAUGAAGCGGUGCUGAAGGAUCUGGAGCCUCCCCUCAUCGCCCGUUUUGUUCGCUUCAUGCCCGUGACCGACCACUCCAUGAUUGUCUGCAUGAGAGUGGAGCUCUACGGCUGCGAAUGGCUGGACGGCCUGACGUCUUACAGCAUUCCAGAUGGACACCAGAUGAUCUACCGGGGUCGUGACGUCUACUUUAAUGACUCUGUGUAUGACGGGGCGUCGGCUGAAAGACUCACCCAGGGCCUCGGCCAGUUGACGGACGGCACCUGGGGUCUGGACGACUUCCUCCACAGCCAGAUCUAUGGCAUGUGGCCCGGCUACGACUACGUGGGCUGGAACAACCGCAGCUUCCCCAAAGGUUACGUGGAGAUGAUCUUUGAGUUUGACCAUGUCCGAAACUUCACCUCCAUGAAGGUUUACUGCAACAACAUGUACAGCCGAGGGGUGAGGCUGUUCAGGCAGGCCACAUGUUACUUCCGCUCGGGCCCAGACUGGGAGGCCGACCCGGUGGUUUUCCGGCCCGGCGCGGACCACGUGAGUCAAGCCGCCCGCUUCGUCACCGUGCCUCUGGGGGACCGCACCGCCAGCUCCAUCAAAUGUCGCUUCCACUUCGGUGACCUUUGGAUGCUGCUGAGCGAGCUGGCCUUCCAGUCAGGUUCAGCCGUGUACAACACAUCUCGCAAUAAAGGACACCCCACAAGUCUGCUACCAGGGUAUGAUCCUACUCAUAAACUCGAUGACAGCAACACCAGGAUCUUGAUUGGCUGCUUGGUGGCGGUCAUAGCCAUCUUAUUGGCCAUUAUAGUCAUUAUCUUGUGGCGGCAAGUCUGGCAAAAGAUGCUUGAAAAGGCCUCCCGUCGCAUGCUGGACGACGAGCUCACGGCGCGCCUCGCCGACCAAACCCGGGCCUUCUCCUUCCACCACUCCUCCCUGUCCAGUGAGGAGGGCUCCGCCUCAACCUCCACGUACGAAAGGAUCUUCCCCCUGUGCGCCGACUACCAGGAGCCCUCGCGCCUCAUCCGAAAGCUGCCCGAGUUCGCGCAGUCCGCAGAGCCCGUAGAGAAGCCGGAGGCGGCCUGUUCGGACAAUGCCCCCCAUUAUGCGGAGGCAGACAUCAUCAGCCUGCAGGAGUCUUCAGAAAGCAGCACCUGCCCCGUCACAGCUGUCAACAUCAGCCUCUUUGCUGGCACUGAUUCCUCGUUGAAAGAGUUCCCCAGAAACAAGCUCACCUUCAAAGAGAAGCUGGGAGAGGGCCAGUUUGGAGAAGUGCACUUAUGUGAGGCGGAGGACAUGCAGGACUUCCUGAAUGAGGAUUUGUGUAUAGAGGGAAACAAUAUGUCUCCUCUGCUUGUUGCUGUUAAAACGCUGCGGGAAGAUGCCAACAAGAACGCUAGGAACGACUUUCUGAAGGAGAUCCGAAUCAUGUCUCGUCUGAGAGACCCCAACAUUGUCCGCCUGCUGGCCGUGUGUGUGGACUCGGACCCCCUGUGUAUGAUCACUGAGUACAUGGAGAACGGGGACCUGAACCAGUUCCUGUGCAACCUCAGGCUCAGACAGGCCGCUGAGGACAGGACAGAGUGGGAAGAGAAGGAGGAGAGGAGCAUGGUCUGCGACAGGAAACUGAUCGGCAUGGCGGCGCAGAUUGCGUCUGGUAUGAAAUAUUUGUCCUCUCUUAACUUCGUCCACCGUGACCUGGCGACGCGCAACUGCCUGGUGGGUAAGAACUACACCAUAAAGAUCGCCGACUUCGGCAUGAGCCGAAACCUGUACAGAGGCGACUACUACCGGAUCCAGGGCCGGGCCGUCCUGCCCAUUCGCUGGAUGUCCUGGGAGAGCAUCCUACUGGGGAAGUUCACCAUGGCCAGUGACGUGUGGGCGUUUGGUGUGACUCUGUGGGAGAUUCUGACUCUGUGUAAGGAGCAGCCUUACUCCCAGCUCUCUGACGAGCAGGUCAUUGAAAACACGGGGGAGUUUUUCAGGGACCAGGGCAAACAGGUGUAUCUGCCAAAGCCGCCGUACUGUCCCGAUAAAGUCUACAGUGAUCUGAUGCUGAGCUGCUGGAGGAGAAAUGCCAAGCAGAGGCCAAGUUUUCAGGACAUACACACUCAGCUGGUGGAGAGUCUGGCAUAGCUGAUAGAAUAAAUCAUUGCGUUACACAGUUGCAGUAUGGAUUUGUUCAGGAUGAAUUCAUCGCCAAAAUCUGUUCUAUGGUUUGGUUGGUGCUCGCUUGCUUGCCUCAAUAGAACUGUAUAUAAGAGAACUGAGGAGAAUGUACAGUAUCCAAUUAACAUUGCACAUAUGCAUAUUGGCACUACUCACUCAGUCUAUUCAAAUGUGUAUGAAUACACCGUGUAUUUAUUCAUUCUGUUUUGUUUCAUAUUUGAAGCCUGUCUAUAGAAUAGUAUAUAGUUUUAGUUAAUACCUUUUGGGUUGUAAAUAUUUCCCUCUUUAUUCAAUCUGUAAUACAUUUAAAUAAUAAUUUUAGUAUAGUUCAGUGUUUCUAUUUUUGUUUUUUAUCAUGAACAAACUAAACUAUGACGAAAAUGUGUUUUUAUUAUGCAAGACGAUGUUUUAUGCAACGUUUUAAGUCUAAACGUGGUUAAAUAAAGAAAAUCAAUUGUA